UGAUUGGCUAGCACACUUCCUGUUUUGUAACUCUUCAACGUGGUUGUUACCAAACACCAAUCGAGACAAGCAUCGGUUGAGAGAUAUAAACGACGUCUUUAAGAAAUGGGUCAUAGAUGCAUCCACUGGUUCCGUAAAGGGCUGCGGCUGCACGACAACCCGGCGCUGAUGGCCGCUCUGAGGGACUGCAAGGAGCUUUAUCCGGUGUUCAUCCUCGAUCCACAUCUCUUUGACAAGAGAUGGGUGGGCAUCAACCGCUGGAGGUUCCUGCUGGGGGCGCUCAAAGACUUGGACUGCAGCCUCAGACUGCUCAACUCUAGGCUGUUUGUUGUGAGAGGCAAGCCAGAAGACAUGUUCCCCAAACUGUUCAGCAAGUGGAAAAUAACAAAGCUGACCUACGAGUUUGACACAGAGCCUUACAGCGUAUCCCGUGACCAGAAGGUGGCCGCACUCGCCAAAGAACAUGGGGUGGAAGUCGUGUAUAAAGUGUCCCACACGCUUUAUGACAUAGACCGAAUAAUCGAGGAAAAUAAUGGGAAAGCCCCCCUCACAUACAACCGCAUGCAGGCUUUAGUGAAGACCCUCGGGCCCCCGAAGAAGCCAAUUCCCGCUCCCACUGAAGAAGACAUGAAAGAUGUGAAGAGCACUCAAUUAGAAGAUGACGCACACAACUAUCCGAUUCCGUCAAUGGAUGAGCUUGGUCAUGAUACAUCGGAAGUCGGAGAGGAGCCUUUCCCAGGAGGAGAGCAAGAAGCUUUGAGGCGACUGGAGGAAAAUAUGAAAAAAACUGGAUGGGUGUGCGGCUUUGAGAAACCUCAGACAUCCCCCAACUCUUUGAGCCCGAGCACCACGGUCCUCAGCCCUUACGUCACAUUCGGCUGCCUGUCUGCGCGCACCUUUUGGUGGAGGCUGACCGAAGUCUACAAGGGAAAAAAGCAUUCCGAUCCGCCAGUGUCCCUGCACGGACAGUUAUUGUGGCGAGAGUUCUUCUACACGGCCAGUGUCGGCGUCCCCAACUUUAACAAGAUGGAGGGCAACCCUGUGUGCACUCAAGUGGACUGGGACACGAAUCAUGACUACCUGACUGCCUGGAGGGAGGCUCGGACGGGUUUCCCCUUCAUCGACGCCAUCAUGACCCAGCUGAGACGAGAAGGAUGGAUCCAUCACCUGGCCAGACAUGCCGUGGCCUGCUUUCUCACCAGAGGAGACCUGUGGAUCAGCUGGGAGGAAGGGCAGAAGGUUUUCGAGACGUUGCUGCUAGAUGGCGACUGGGCUCUCAAUGCGGGAAACUGGCAGUGGCUCUCAGCUAGCGCAUUCUUCCACCAGUACUUCAGAGUCUACUCUCCCGUGGCGUUUGGCAAGAAGACUGACAAAAAUGGCGACUACAUCAAGAAGUACCUUCCCGUCCUGAAGAAGUUCCCCGCUCAGUACAUCUAUGAGCCUUGGAAAGCACCAGGCAGCGUACAGAAGGCAGCAGGGUGCAUUGUGGGUAAAGACUAUCCGCAUCCCAUUGUGGAACACGAAGUCAUCAGCAAGAAGAACAUACAGAGGAUGAAAUUGGCGUACGCCAAGAGGUCCGCCGACGCCGACGAAUCGUCCAGCAAGAAGCAAGGUGUGAAGCGAAAGGCGCCUUCCGUUGUUGACAUGUUGAGGAAGAAAGGAAAGAAAUGAGUCCAGCUGCUACAUUUGUUACAGUUCUUUGGUUAUCUCCUAUUUAGAUUGGUGGCAUCGGUUUGCUUGUUUGUUUGAGGUAUAUUGUGAAGAGGUUGUUCUUGCCGGUGUGUUUCUGACGUCUUGGAGCUUGGAGCUGGAAGUGGAUGAAUGCGUUAUUGCUGUACCCGUGAAAUGUCAGCUUUAUUCUUUCCAUACUGUAAUGGUUGUGUCCACAUGUACAUUGAAAGCAUUGACGAUUUUUACCAUGUUCAAACAGUCUAAAUCAGGGGUGGGCAAACUAUUUGGCUCGGGGGCCGCAUUGACUUUUAAAAUUUGACAGGUCAGCACGAGCUAUGGUACAUUUUAAAAAAAACUGCAUUUGUUGACAGUCCAUAUCAAACAUCAACAGAACAAAAGCAUGAAAGUACUGUAUUAAUAUACUUUUUUAAAUGACAACAGUGUUGUUGAUGACCUAUUUUAGCCUGUGCAUUGCUGUAGAUGGGUUAUGAUCAGACCAGUAGAAGUAGAGCGAUACAGAGGUCCUAGAAGGUGGUCGAAAAGAUUCCCCCCCCCCCCCCGUUUUCUGCAACUUCAAGUCAAUACGCCACCUGGCGGUGAAAUGCCUGUCAUUACAAAUUCAAUUGAAUUGAAUGCAAUCAUUCACAUCGAACCUGAAUUGUGGACCGACCUUCGGCGGGCCAGAUUAAAAAGACCAAUGGGCCGGAUUCGGCCCGCGGGCCGUAGUUUGCCCACCACUGGUCUAAAUCGUCUUUUCUUUUGCAAUUGAAAGAAUAUUUCAUGAUGGUCGUGUGACUCACUUUUACACGUAAAAGCUUCUCAAAAAUACGGCUAGGCCACUGCAAAUUUACUGCGCUAACUAAAAUCUCAAUGGACUUGUAGAUCAUUUACUUGGCUUAUUCUAUCACUGGCUGUAAAAUGAGGUACGAGCCGAUAACAAUGUGUACUAGUGUCAGAAAGGUAGAUGCAAUGGCAAUAAUGUGGUGUAGAACAACCGUGCUUUAUUUAACAACAGUGAUGCAAUCCUGAGGAACGUGCCGGCAUUCCAUGUAUGCGUGUGUCAGCUGUCCCAUCAAGUCUAGUAUUCUCCCGUUGCCGCUUCCUUGGACAUGACGCUGGUGUGAAUAUCCAGAAGAUGAUAUCACUGCCUCGGCGGAUGUACAAAAUGCAGCUCAGUUUCCAGAGAGACCCAUCAAACAAACAGUGUGCAAGUAUGCGAGCGGAUCCCCUUUCCUUUUCCUCUUUCGACACUCCUUGUUUAUCUGCGUCGACACGUCACAAUUGCAAACAUUUGGCAGCGUGGUGCUCAAACAACCCGGUUGGAUCAGCAGACAGCAGAGAAUAGUGGACCCCACUGCUGAUUUAUCAGCAUCGCAGGGGAAGAGUUCCACUGCAUGUUAGACACCCACUGUUUUAAAUCUUAUUGAAUUGACUUGUGCGUAAAUGCCUUUGCAGACACGAUAAUCCAUCAUCUCGGUUUUGGUUGUAUGAAAUCAGUUAUCCAACACAGAAAUAAUUUCGGUCGCUUAAUUGUACAGCAAAAUGAAACCCUGCUGACGUUCACUCUGACCGAUGUGUCAUGGUCAACAGAGGUUAGUUUCCUCGAGAGAGUCAUUUGAUGCCUCCCGUUAGUGUUAGGGUGUUGUUGCUUUUUGCUUCAUUGUGUUGUUGCCGUAUCUCGGCCCUGGGGUCUUGUCUAUUCCCCCCCCCCCCCCCCCCCCACGAUAAAUCUACCCCGCUAAACCACGGUGGGAUUUAGAGUGCAGGCUAUACAUAGUUCAUUAUGAGGCAACAACCAUGUGAUAGAGAAAUUGUGACUUCAUACGACUUGAGUUUUGACAGAUACGUUUCUCCGAGAAACAUGGAAAAUGUUGAGAUUUUUUUUUUAAAAAUUACAUUCGAAAUCAACUGGAGUAUCUCGGGAGUUGCUAUUAACGAUAAUUGCUGUGAUGUUCAAACCCGUUCUCACCAUUCAAUUUUUACGUUUGACAUUCACAAUGAUGUCAUCACAGCUUUUGCGAAGCAUCCAAUCAGAUUGCUCUCAUGUUAUUCGUAUAUUGAUCAUAGCCACAAGGGGGCAUAUUUGCAUCGAAUUUUGGUUUUACAUAUCACGCACUAAAGUGGUGUUUGCCAACCUUUAUUGAGCCGAGACACACGCCAAACAAAAAGUAUGAAUACUGAAAUUAUCAUCCAGAUUCACUCACAAGUUGAUUAACUCCAUGUGAAAUUUAGUCCCAAUUUUAAGGGUUAACAGUCAGUUGGCCAGUAAUAAUAAAAAAAAAGACAGCACUCGAUGUCUGGUGAGAUAGUUUGUGUUCCUCUUUCGUUGUAUAGAAAGGGAGGGUGGUCACAUUACAUCAGUGAUGUUUCCACACUCGGGGGCUUUGAUCUAUCAGUACACACCCUGUCCUAAAUAUCCCGACCACGAUGAGGUAACUGUGCUUACAAAAUAAAGUGGCAGCUGUUUACCGCAGUGGAGAUCAGUCACAGUCAUUAUAAUGUCGCGUUUAUAUUUUGAUAAUAGUGGCUUUUAGGUCCAGAAAAUAAAUGUGAAUACGUGCUACAGUAUGUGAUAAGUGAAGUCCGAUGAGCAUAGCAAUACACACACACAUACACACAAGGGAGAGAGGGACUUUUUAAUUCAUCACAUUGUACAUGCAUGCAAGUCUAAAGAGUGUGUGUGUCAAGAUGAGAAGCAUGCGGUCAUUAGUGAGCUGUACCCUUGUAGGGCUCUUCUAUUUCAAUUGCUUCUCCUUUGGGAUACAAAAUGAUUGUCGGUUGAUAAUGAAGCCUUCUCGUUUUAUGUAUUUAAAAAAAAGUUAGACCAGUAUGAGAACCGUGUUACUCCAAAUUAUUGUCUUUUUAACGAAAGAAAACCACUCCCCCCAACCAUAUUUUUUUU